GGAAAACAAGCAGUGGGAUGAGCAGAGGACCAGCCGCCACACGCUAGUUCCCAGAGAUUCAGCCGCGGUUCGCUGGACAGCGCCAGGAUGACUUCCUCCCCCCGCAAAGCGCGGGCAGGCAGGUACUUCCAGCCACCCCCCAGGGACACGUCUUUGUUCACCAAAGAGCCUUCCUCCAGGGGAGACUGAAGCAAAGACGCAAAUUGCUUUGCCCUUUUUUUUUUUUUCCCUUUUUCUUUUUGAAUUCGGAGCCCAUGCGCCUCUUCCAGAAGUGAAGCGCGGGAGCGUGCGGACCGAUUUCUCACUCGCCAGUCCCCUCCGGGACGCGCAGGGUGACGCGUGCCCCGCAGGCAGUAAACUUGUCCCGGAGGGAGAUCCACUUCUCAGGGCACCUGGGUGCAGCCGGACGCCCCUGCGAGGAAGACCAUGCCCCCCAAGUCCCUCUGCAACCUCUCCCAGCCCGCCGGCCUGAACCGGAGCGGCUUCUUCCCCGGGUUGUCGGACGGGGGUUUCCUGCCCGCCGCCCCCGCCGCCUCCGAGGAGGGGACGCCCGCCGCCACCGCCCAGCUGGUGAUCCGCUGCGUGAUCCCGUCCCUCUACCUGCUCCUCAUCACGGUGGGCUUGCUGGGCAACAUCGUGCUGGUGAAGGUCUUCGUCACCAACAGCGCCAUGAGGAGCGCCCCCAACAUCUUCAUCUCCAACCUGGUGGCCGGGGACGUGCUGCUGCUGCUCACCUGCGUGCCCGUGGACGCCUCGCGCUACUUCUUCGACGAGUGGGUGUUCGGGAAGGUGGGCUGCAAACUGAUCCCCGUCAUCCAGCUCACCUCCGUGGGUGUGUCCGUGUUCACGCUCACCGCCCUCAGCGCCGACAGGUACAAAGCCAUUGUAAACCCCAUGGACAUCCAGGCGUCAGGGGCGGUGCUGUGGACCUGCGUGAAGGCCGUGGGUAUCUGGGUGGUCUCGGUGCUGCUGGCGGUUCCCGAAGCCGUGUUUUCGGAAGUGGUGCGCAUCGACAGCUUGGAUAACGGCAGCUUCACAGCGUGCAUCCCCUACCCUCAGACUGACGAGUUACACCCGAAGAUCCAUUCGGUGCUCAUCUUCUUGGUGUAUUUCCUCAUACCCCUUGCUGUUAUUAGCGUUUAUUAUUAUCAUAUUGCAAAGACCUUAAUUAAAAGUGCACAUAAUCUUCCUGGAGAAUACAACGAACAUACCAAAAAACAGAUGGAAACUCGGAAACGCCUGGCUAAAAUUGUGCUGGUCUUCGUGGGCUGCUUUGCCUUCUGCUGGUUUCCAAAUCACAUCCUCUAUAUGUAUAGAUCUUUCAACUAUAGCAAGAUUGAUCCAUCUCUGGGCCACAUGAUUGCCACCUUAGUUGCCCGGAUUCUGAGCUUUUGCAAUUCUUGUGUCAAUCCAUUUGCCCUGUAUCUACUCAGUGAAAGCUUCAGGAGGCAUUUCAAUAGCCAGCUCUGUUGUGGAAGGAAGUCCUAUCCAGAGAGAUCAGCCAGCUACUUAGUAAGCUCUUCGGCAGUGCGUAUGACAUCUCUGAAAAGCAAUGCUAAGAACCCGGUGACCAAUUCUGUUUUGAUAAAUGGACACAGCAUGAAGCAGAAAAUGGCACUGUAAUUUUGGCCAUGCAGCUUACUACCUGGAAAUAUCUUUCUUGCUUUAUUUCUAUUGAGUAGAAUAAAACUAAACAAUUUUCUUUCUUAAUAUUCCUGAGCGAAUUCAUUAGACAAUUUAUGAUUGACUUAGGAAAGGCAAGACAAACAUACUUAGCAUUUUUCUCUAAAAAGAACUUUAAAUUACAAAUAUAUAUGUAUAUACAUAUUGUUAACAUUAAAAGGGAUUCAAACACCAGAUCUGCAUGAAUAUAAAUCAACAUUGCUUCAGGAUUUAAGCUGUUGCUAGAGCCAAUGCUAAGUGUUACCUUAAAAUUGUUUUAAGUUGAAGCAGGCAAUACAUUUUUAUAUUGACUCAAUGAUUUAAUGAGUUUAAUAUUCAAAUUCCUAAUAUUUGAAAUACAAAUCAUUUUUGGUGAAUUUUAUGUAUAUUUAACGCAUGUAUCUAUUUCCUUUGUUUAAAUAAGAUAAUUGAAAAUCCAAAGAUAGAGUUCAAUCAGAAGCCAAUAUUUAUUGUGAUUCUUUGUGAGAUAAAGCAUGAUUUCUAGAAAUAACCUAUCUGUAACUUUUAGGUUUGCAGGCAUUUAUAUCACAAAUAGUAAAAUAGAGGUCACCUGAAUAAGAUUUACAUUAUGAAUGUAAAAUAGGUAUCAUAUGUUCCAAAUGUAAAACUGUGACACAAAAAUUGGCAUGGCCUUUUUAAAAAUUUAAUAUAUUGCUGAAUCCCUGGAUAUUUGGAUAAUUCUGUAUAGCUAUGAUAAGAUUUGUGUAAUUCUGGUGAGUUCAUCCACCUACUCAUCUUUUCUUGUAACAGCCACUUUACAAGGCAACUUUACCCUGCAUGGCAUUAUAGUUUUCUCUGAAUAAAAGUCUUGGAUUUUUUUUUGCCAAAAUAAAAAGAUGGUCUUCAUUAAAUUCUAAAGCUAGCCCUUCUUAGUCUGAUCAAUAAGUCUAAUAUUUGAAUUCAUGUAUUUCAUAUUAUUUCUCUUUCCAAAAUUGUUGAGUAGAAAGAAAACUUGGUUAGUAUACUAAGCCAUUUUUUAAAGAACCCUAACCUACACUAUUUAAAAUGCUCAAUUGUAUGUAAC